AUGGCCCCCAUCAAGCGCAAGGGCAAUGCCGCCGAGGAGGCGUCAGCCCGCAAUCCUCAGAAACGAGUGCGCGUGGGCACAGAAGAGCUCAAGAAAGACGGCAAAAGCUCUGUCGACUCUGCGCCGAAGGCCUCUGAGCUCACUGUGCUGCGGGAUGAUGAGCCUUCGUUCCCUCGCGGUGGUGGAAGUGUUUUAACCCCCCUUGAACGGAAGCAAAUUCACAUCAAAGCGACAAAAGAUGUUCUCUUCGAGCAGAAGAGCGGCGCCAAAAAAGGACCCAAAGCCGCCGACGACGACGAUUUCGAGGACGAUACGGACAUGGAGGAUGCGGACGACACCACAGCGGUUUCUUCCAAGAAACCCCAGAAGAAGAAAGGAAAAGGCAAAAAGGACGCAAAGACAGAUAAGCGUGAGAAAAAGGGCGUGAAGAUUGAAAGCUUAAGCCCCAAGCGCUUGGUACCGGGGCAAAUGAUUCUAGGACAAGUCUCCAGCAUUACCGCUCAUAACAUUGGGAUUUCCCUUCCGAAUAACCUGACGGGUUACGUGCCUCUCACCGCCGUAUCAAAAACCCUCGAGACUAAGCUGGAGAAAAUGUUGGAGGAUGAGCAAGAUUCGGACGUGGAGGACUUUGACUUGAACGAUUACUUCUACGUCGGCCAAUACCUACGGACUUAUGUUGUAUCUGUCGGAAAUAAGUCUUCUGAUGCCAGCUCAAAAAGUAAGAAACGCAUCGAGCUUACCAUUGAUCCUCGGUCCGCAAAUUCCGGACUUCAAACAUCGGACAUUGUCGUCGACACUGCUGUUCAAGCGUCGGUUGUGAGCGUAGAGGACCAUGGUUUGAUCAUGGACCUUGGUAUUGAAGGCUCCGAUGUGAAGGGCUUCAUGUCGUCCAAGGAAAUUGACCCUAGGACCGAUUACUCCACAAUCAAGGAAGGUUCCGUCUUUCUCUGCAUGGUCACAGGCCAGAAUACGAGUGGAAACGUUAUCAAGCUGUCCGCGAACCUCCAGUCCUCAGGCUCGAUUAAAAAGUCACAUUUCCUCAGCACCGCUCCUACUAUCAACUCCUUCCUUCCUGGAGCCGCAGCUGAGAUUCUCCUGACCGAAGUAUCUUCAACUGGGAUGAUAGGAAAGAUCAUGGGCAUGCUGGAUACUACUGUGGAUUUGGUGCAUUCGAGUGGCGCCUCGGGCAAAACAGAUCUGGAGAAGAAGUACCACAUUGGUGCUAAGAUUAAGGGUCGCCUGCUAUGCACCUUUCCCGGCUCUGAUCCCUACAAGAUUGGGUUCUCCAUGCUCGAUCAUAUUCAGAAAUUCACCACCGAGGGUCAUGGCCCCAAUUCUUCCGAUGACGCACCCGCUAUCUCCGCUGUGAUUCCUGAAACCACAGUUGUCAAAGUCGAUCCGGGUCUUGGUGUCUACGUGAAGAUCGGAGCUACGAAGCACAUUGGAUUUGUUCAUGUUUCACGGCUUGCGGAUGGACAGGUAGAGACCAUUUCCGACGACCAUGGGCCCUUCAAACUUGGCAGCACCCACGAGGCGAGAGUCGUCGGCUAUGGCGCAAUUGACAAUCUCUAUGCCUUGUCAUUUGAGAGGAAGGUUAUCGAGCAACCGUUCCUUCGUCUAGAAGAUAUCACUCUCGGUGCCGUUGUCAAGGUCACUAUUGAUAAGGUGCUUGUGGGAGAAUCAGGAGUAACUGGCCUUAUCGUUUCCCUAGCCGAUGGCAUAACUGGUUUCAUUCCGGCGAUGCAUUUCGCGGAUACGCAGAUACAACACCCUGAGAAGAAGUUUCGGGAAGGACUGUCGGUUUCUGCCAGGAUCUUGUCAGUCAAUCUGGAGAAGCGUGAAGUCCGCUUGACUUUGAAGAAGAGUUUGUUGAACAGUGAGGCGACCGUCUGGAAGGACUACAGAGACAUCACUCCUGGGGCACAGUCUCCGGGAACCAUCAUCAAGAUUAUGCCCAACGGUGCAGUCGUUCAAUUUUAUGGCAACAUUCGUGCCUGGCUUUCUGUGUCGGAGAUGAGCGAAGCCUACAUCAGAGACCCUUCGCAGCAUUUUAGACUCGGCCAGGUUGUCAACGUCCACGCCCUUAACGUCGAUGCACCUCAGGAGAGACUAUCUGUCUCUUGCAGAGACCCAUCGUCCCUUGCUGAAGGCUACAGGACGUCUUUUGAAAACAUCCGCCCCGGACAGCUUGUUACAGGCACUGUGUUUGAGAAGACGGACGAAUAUGUUCUUCUGAAACUAGAUGACUUUGGCGGCCUCGUUGCUCGCUUGGGCCUGGAUCAGAUCUCCGAUGGGUCUAUCAACAAACGUUCCUCGGCCCUUUCCAAGGUUAGAGUUGGCCAGAAACUCAACGACCUGGUUGUCCUCGAGACCCACCGCGCUCAUCGACUCAUCCAUGUAACUGGCCGAAUAAGCCUCAAGAAAGCAGCCAAGGAAGGAAAAAUGCCAAGCACUUUUGAAGACGUCCAAGAAGGGGCUGAGGUGACAGGUUUCGUCAAGAACAUUACCUCAAUUGGGCUAUUCGUGCAGUUCCUGGGUGGACUGACUGGCCUUGUUCCUGCGCGUCUUGUUAGCCUCGAAAAUGCAGCAAAGCCUGAUUUUGGCGUGACCAUCUCACAAACAGUUUCCGCCACAGUCUAUUCUCUCGACAUUGACUACCAAAGGUUCAUCCUUAGUAUGGACCCGUCGCAAACCACACCAGACGGUCCUAAGGAGAGCAGUGCUGUGAAGGAAACCGCACCACCAAAGGAAGCUCUUGUCAACCCAAUUGAUAGCAGCCUGUCUUCCAAGGCCGAUAUCACGGUUGGACGAGUAUUAAAGUGCAAGAUAAACUCUAUCAAAGCAACGCAGAUCAACGUCAAGAUCGCCGACGAUGUUCAAGGCCGCAUCGAUAUUUCCGAGGUGUUUGACAACUGGGAAGACAUUAAGGACAAAAAGCACCCGUUGAAGCAUCUCCAUCCUGGACAAGUUCUCUCGGCCAAGGUUUUGGGUCUUCAUGACGCUCGCAGUUUCACAUACCUCCCCAUCAGUCACCGUGCCGGAAAGCACCACGUCUUCGAGCUCUCGAUGAAGCCCAAAACUAUCGAGGCAGAAAGGCUUGCGCCAUUGUCGAUUGAGAAGAUUCAAGUUGGCUCCUCAUACUUUGGUUUUGUCAACAAUUUGGCCGAUGACUUAUUUUGGGUCAGCUUGUCGCCCAGUGUCCGUGGAAGAUUACGGUUUAUAGAUUCGUCCAAUGAUCUUUCUCUCCUGAGCGACGUACAGAAGCACUUUCCUAUCGGCUGCGCAUUGAAGCUUAAUGUGACGGGGGUUGAUGCUGCAAAGGGCCACAUUGAUCUUUCCGCGCGUGAAUCAACCGAUAAGCUGUCGUUCGAAGACCUGUCCGCUGGUAUGAUUUUGCCAGCGCGCGUUACAAAAGUCACAGAGAGACAUGUGGUUUUGCAACUCAACGAUACAUUAGUUGGCGCGGUCGAGUUGAUUGACAUGGCCGACGACUUCUCCAAGGCCGAUCCUAAUGCCUACCAAAAGAACGAAGUUGUCCGCGCAUGUAUCAUUGAUGUCGAUAAGUCUAACAAAAAGAUUUCCCUGUCUCUGCGGCCGUCAAAGGUGCUGAGCUCUUCCCUUACCGUUCAAGACCCGGAAAUUACUUCAAUCAAGCAGCUCAAGGCCAACGACGUCGUCCGCGGUUUUGUACGUCGGGUUGCUGAUGGUGGUCUCUUUGUGACCGUUGGCCAGAACGUCGUCGCUUUUGUACGAAUUUCUGAUCUUUCGGACUCAUAUUUGAAAGAGUGGAAAGACUCCUUCCAGAUUGGCCAGCUAGUCAAGGGCCGUGUCACUGUUGUGAACCCGGACCAAAACAAGCUGCAGAUCAGUCUGAAAGACUCUGUUCUGGACCCUAAUUACAAGGCCCCCCUUACCCUCAAUGACCUGAAGCCUGGCCAGACGGUUACUGGUAAAAUCCGCAAAGUCGAACAAUUCGGCGCAUUUAUCGUGGUUGAUGGAUCUAGGAAUCUCAGCGGUCUUUGCCAUCGUACGGAGAUGGCCGACAACCGUGUCGAGGACGCAAGGACACUUUACGAGGAGGGGGAUGCCGUUAAGGCGAGAGUUCUCAAGGUUGACCGUGAUGAGGGGAAGGUCUCCUUUGGUCUGAAGGCCUCUUAUUUCAAGGACGAGGAAGAUGAGAGCACUGGUGACGAGGAUGACGGCGUCAGCCUCGACGGGCUUGGUGGCGUUGAAUUGGGAAGUGAUGAAAGUGACGAGGAUGACGACAGCGACGUCUCAAUGGGUGGUGUUGACCUCGAUGAAGAGAGUGGCAGUGAUGAGGAGGAAGACGAAGACGAGGAUGAAAGUGACGAGGAAACCACUAAACCUAAGCAAAUCCGAAAGGGCGGACUCGGCUCAUCCAGUUUCGACUGGAAUGGUAACGCUCAGGAUGACGAAGACGAAGCUAUGCGCUCUGAUUCCGAUGGCGAGAAUGAGGGGCCGCAGAAGAAGAAGAAGCACCGCAAGCCAGAGAUCCAAGUCGACCGAACUGGUGAGCUAGAUGCCAACGGGCCACAGUCCGUAGCCGACUACGAGCGACUUCUGCUUGGUGAGCCUGACUCGUCUCUCCUUUGGCUGAAAUACAUGGCAUUCCAGCUCGAAUUGGGCGAGGUUGAGAAGGCGAGAGAAAUCGCCGAGCGUGCCCUCCGUACCAUUACCAUUGGUCAAGAUGCGGAAAAGCUAAACAUUUGGGUCGCGAUGCUCAACUUGGAGAACACGUACGGCGAUGACGAUACUCUAGAGGAAGUCUUCAAGCGUGCUUGUCAAUACAAUGAUACGCAAGAAAUCUAUGAGCGUUUGACCAGCAUCUAUAUCCAGUCUGGAAAGAACGAGAAAGCGGACGAUCUCUUCCGAACGGCCCUCAAGAAGAAGGUCUUCCCGUCGUCGCCCAAGUUCUUUAUCAACUACGCUAGCUUCCUCUACGAUACCAUGGCCGCACCGGACCGUGCCCGUGGCCUGCUUUCUCGCGCCCUCCAGUCCCUCCCCUCUCACACGCACAUCGAAACGACAUCCAAAUUCGCACAGCUCGAAUUCCGCUCCCCCAACGGUGACGUUGAACGUGGCCGUACCGUGUUCGAGGGCCUUCUCUCCUCCUUCCCUAAGCGCGUUGAUAUCUGGAACGUCCUUGUCGACCUCGAAAUCAAGAAUGGCGACGCGGAGCAGGUGCGCCGCCUAUUCGAGCGGGUGCUUGGCAUUCGUGACGCUAAGAAGGGCGGCAUGGUUAUUGAGGAUGGCAAGAAGCUCCGACCCAAGCAGGCUCGCUUCUUCUUCAAGAAGUGGCUUGAUUUCGAGGAGAAGGACGGUAAUGAGAAGAUGGUGGAAGAGAUUAAAGCUAAGGCUGCUGAGUAUGUCAAGUCUUUGCAGCAGGAAUAG